AUGCCUUCUGAAACACAUUCCAUUUUGUCUUAUAAUCUUUAUAAAAAGACUAUUGACCAAGAUGCUGAUAAUACUAUACUUCCUGAAUUACAGUUUAUUUUUUCUCAUUAUUCUUAUAGAGAGUCAAUUGUUCAAGAUGUCAACAAUAUUUGCUUUAUUCUGUUUCUUGAAAUGCAUUCUAUUUCACUUUAUGAUUCAGCUAUUAUUCAAGAUAAUGAUAAUAUUUGUUUUACUCUGCUUUCUGAAAA